GUCUCACUAGUGAGAGAGGAUACAUUACACCUUAUAUAUAUAUAUGCUAUCCCCGCUUCGCUUUUACACGAGCUAUGACUACGAGCCCCACCAAUGCUGUCGAUUGUGACAGCCUCCCCCAGGCUAUGAAUGGGUACACUUUUGAGCGUCACUUAGGGAGUGCUGAAACGCAUGAUACCUUUCUUGCUUGGCGAGAUGCUUCGCAAGAUUUGUUUGUGGUGCGCGUAUAUUCCCUAGAAUACUUGCGUCGGAACGAACAACUCCGUCAAAUGGUCGAGCGUGAGGCGUUAGUCGCGAGUAUUGCUCAUCAUCCCAAUAUUACAGAAUUUAGGCCUGCCUUUGCCACAAAAACGGAUCUAUUCACGAUUGAGAAAUAUUACAGUCAGGGUGAGCUGUACCAAUGCAUAGAGGCCUUAUGUAACGGUAUCGAGACGAGACAAGAAAGUUCUUACCCGGCCUUUAGCUCUCCCUCCGCGGCAGCAAUAGCAGAAAGGGGUGAAAACUCAAAAAGGCCCAGGGGCCUGCCACUUGGGACAUGCAGGCGUAUCUUGCGAGAAUUGAUCUUAGCAUUGAAAUAUCUUCAUGAGGAUUGCGGGUUGGCCCAUCGUAAUUUGAAGUUGGAGAACAUCUUCCUAGACGGGGAGGGUCACGCAAUCAUCAGUGGGCUCGGGCUUUGCGCGGUCCUCCCAGGUAAGGCUUCGACGUCAUCGUCCCCAAGGAAAUGUAGUCAUAAAUCUAAAGAGAGAAAUAUUAUCGGAGAGUCUUGUCUACAUUUAAGACUUUGUUUUGGCUCCAAGCAUUACGUGGCGCCUGAGCUUAUCCAGGGACAACCAUAUGAUGGUGCAGCAGUAGAUGUUUGGGCGGCAGGGGUGAUCCUUUUCGCUAUGUGCACUGCAUGCUUUCCAUUCCAUGCAGAACCCGGUAGCGACCAGGUCAUCCUUCAUCAAAUACAAGAUGGGGAUCACAUACUUGCAAAUCAUACGGCUUUCAAAAGUCUUAGCGAACCAUUAUUGCAAGAUCUCCUCAGAAAUAUGCUUCGAUGCAAUCCAAAGGCACGAUUUUCCAUCAAUGAAGUUAUGGAGCACUCCUUCUUGUCAAGCUAA